UCCCCAACUGCCAUACCUAGACUCAGGCCUUGGCUACACUUGCGAGUUGCAGCGCUGUAAAGGCUCCCCCAGCGCUGUAACUCACUCCCCGUCCACACUGGCAAGGCAUUUGCAGCGCUGUAUCUCCUUGGUUGCAGCACUGCAUGUACUCCACCUCUCCGAGAGGAAUAGCAAGUGCAGCACUGCCGCUGCAGCGCUGUGGCACCAGUGUGGCCGCCCAAUGCGCUGUGAAUGGUCUCCAGAAUUAUUCGGCAGUAUCCCACAAUGCCUGUUCUAGCCACUCUGGUCAUCAGUUCAAACUCUACUGCCCUGGCCUCAGGUGACCAUGCCUCCACGCGCCAAGCGAGCCCCAGCAUGGAGCAAUGGCGAGUUGCUAGACGUCAUCAGUGUUUGGGGGCAGGAAGCUGUCCAGUCCCAGCUGCGCUCCAGCCAUAGGAAUUACGAUACCUUCAGGAAGGUAUCAAAGGACAUGAUGGAAAGGGGCCAUGACCGGGACGCCCUGCAGUGCAGGAUUAAAGUGAAGGAGCUACAGAGUGCCUACCGCAAAGCCCGCGACGCAAACAGCCACUCGGGUGCUCCCCCCGCGACCUGCCGAUUCUACAAAGAACUGGAUGCGAUACUUGGGGUCAACCCCACCUCCACUCCGAGCACCAGCAUGGACACUUCAGAGCCGGUGUGGGGCGGGGAAGGAGGAGGAAAACGGGAGUGAUGAUGGUGGGCCAGAUGGAGACACCCCAGAAUCCCUGGAGCCAUGCAGCCAGGAGCUCUUCUGGAGCCUGGAGGAAGGUAGCCAGUCGCAGCGGCCGGUACUUGGUGGAGGACAAACAGAAGAGCAGGUUCCCGCUGCAUCAACCUUGAGACCUCAGCCGUCCCUCUUAUUGCCUGCUCAGAGACUGCAAAGACUCAGGAAGAGACCGCGAAAAAGCAAAGAAGACAUGCUGCAAGAAGUGAUGCAGCAAUCCAUUAAAGAGAAUGAGAAAGCACAGGACUGGAGGGAGAGAGAAAGCAGGAUCCGCCAGGAAAACGCAGCGCACCGCCGGCAAAGCACUGCGCACUGGCAGCAAAGCACUGAUAGGCUCAUAAGCAUCCUGGAGCGCCAAGCAGACGCUAUCCAGGAGCUGGUAGCCAUGCAGAAAGAGGAGCAGUACCGCAAACGCAAACACUACCCCCCCACAGCUCUUGUCCCAAAACUCUUUCCGUUGUGCCCCACUGUCACCUCCAACCCACUUUCCCCAACUUCCGUGUUCUUCACACCACCCGCUGCCUCCAACACCAGUAUCUUCAUCACCCAGCCCUGAAAACCACGACCCUUACCCUCUGCACCCAACCCCCAUCACCAUGCAGUAUAGCUGCCCUGAAGUGCAGCACUCACUGCACAGCGCACCAGACAGGACAUACGUGAAUCUGUGAUUGUACUGUUCCUCACUCC